UAUUCAAAUUUAGAGUUGAGAAUGACUACUCCCAAAUAGGCGGUAAAGUAUAUAAGCCAUUAUAACUUCUGGUUCAUCAAUUAAGUCAACGUAGAAGAACCCAAACACACAGCCCAUCUUCUUCUCAGAAGUCUCCAGAUGAAUUCAAUUACACUCACAAUUCUGCUGCUCUGCCUGUUUGCAAUCAGCAUAGCGGCCGGAUUUUGGAUUGAAGGAAAAGUGGACCUGGUCAUAGGGAAAGUAGACUAUGGUUUUCUUUUUAGAGCCAGGAGAAAGAGGCACAUUGCAGAGGAACAGGUCUUUAACGUAGUGAUAUUCAUGGUAAACGAAAAAACCGGAAGUAGAUUUAGACUCAACCCAUGUGACUAUGCGCUAUAUGACCAAGACGACGACCUUACGAUCACGCCGAAAGAUUUUGAUAUAAUAUUCUCUAAAAUGGAUAAAUCAAAACAUAUUUUGGUGGAACAACUUUUCCGUGAAUUGGAUAUGGAUAAUGAUCAGAAAAUUUCCCUAACGGAAUUUGAGGAAAAACAAGGUCUUGUUUUCUCCAAAAAGACGUGCCUUAUUGACAUGUUAUAUUCAUGACUUUUUCUGUGUUUUCUUUUUCUUUUUUGUAACAAAAAAGUAAAAUUGAUUAAUAUUUGU